AUGAGUGAAGCGACAUGUUAUGAAGCCGAGCAGACCCUUUCCGCCUACACCUGGUUGUUUAUGAUGAGUUCGGGCCUUCUGAAUUUCUGUACCAUUCUGGUUUUGCUUUUGGCCCUCUACUUUCUGAUCAAGAUACCCAAGUUGGGAAAGGAGUUCAAGGAAAUGUAAGUUCUUACUAACACACUAGUUUUGUUUUUUAUCCAAAAAUACAGUAUCCUUUUUAUUACUUUCGCCAAUCAUCCUUUCCGAUCAAUUGUAUAAUUUUUGUUUUUUACAUCGUAUAACUUGUUAUUCUAAGCCUUUCAGAACUGUUGCCUUAUGCCUCGCGGCGAUGAGAAAUGGGAUCGGAACCAGUGCGAAGACGGCUCUUUUCACCCAGGCCCAAUCCAAACCCGAACUGGCCAAACUCUUCAAGUACGACGGUCCCGCUGCAGCCCCGGCCCAAGAUCCCCCUCAAAAUCUAUGA